CGAUUCACUCCGCAAUCUGCUGCUCUCGUCUGCUGCUGCGGACCCCGGAAGCACUGUGUGCAACACGUGGGUUGUUAGUUGUCCGAAGCCGGUGCUGUUAUCGUGAUAGGAAUCGCACAGCGUUAACACGAGAAGGAAUGGAGGCGUCUGCGCCUGUCGGUGGGCAGCUUAUCAGUGAGGGCGACUAUGUGGUGCUGAAAAGAGAGGAGGUGUUUAAAGCUGUGCAGGUUCAGAGGAGGAAAAAAGUUAUUUUUGAAAAGCAAUGGAUAUAUUUGGAUAAUGCCAUUGGAAAAAAUUAUGGCACCACAUUUGAAAUAUCUGCCGGAGGAAAUCUUCAGCAAAAGAAAAAAGAAAUAACAGCAGCAGAGCCAAAGGAAGCAGGUGCUGAUAACCGGAAUAUAAUUGAUGAUGGAAAAUCGCAGAAACUCACCAGAGAUGAUAUAGAGGCCUUAAAAGAAAAGGGCAUUAAGGGCCAGGAGAUUGUUCAGCAGCUUAUUGAAAAUAGCACUACAUUUCGUGACAAGACAGAAUUCGCGCAAGCAAAGUAUAUUAAGAAAAAGAAGAAAAAAUAUGAAGCAGUCAUCACGAUUUUAAGGCCCUCCACUCGAAUACUGUCAAUGAUGUAUUAUGCAAGAGAACCUGGCAAGAUCUGCCAGCUCAGAUACGAUACUUUGGCACAGAUGCUCACCUUGGGAAAUAUCCACGCCAACAGUAAAAUCAUCGUAAUGGAAACAUGUGCCGGCUUAGUUUUGGGAGCAAUUAUGGAGCGGAUGGGAGGAUUUGGGUCUGUUAUACAGCUGUAUCCUGGUGGAGGACCCGUCAGAGCCGCAACAGACUGUUUUGGUUUUCAGCAGUCUUUCUACAAAGCCCUGUAUGAGUUUCCUCUGAACAAAAUACAGAGCCUCGUCUCUGGAACCUUCUCAUCCCGGACUGCUCAUUCUGAUCAGGAACUAGCGCUUGAUGAAGAAAGUAACGGAUCAGUCAUUGAGAAGCAGGAUCCCGUUACAGACAUGGAUGAGGAAUCCAGUCCUGCCACAGAAUCAGAAGCCAUGAUGGACAUAAAUCAGAAGGAAACUCAGGAAGGGGCAGAAGGCUCUGAGGUCCCACUAGGCCACGACAAGGGACAGAAUCCAGAUAAGAAGCUUUUUGCAAUAGAAAAGAAAAGAAAACAGGAUGAAAGGAGGAGGAAGGAGUCAGAAGCUGCAUCUUUGCUGCAGGACAGAAAUGCUGAUGGGUUAAUUAUAGCUUCGCGUUUCCAUCCUACGCCGAUGCUACUCUCUCUUUUGGAAUUUGUCGCUCCCUCCAGGCCUUUUGUAGUUUACUGUCAGUACAGAGAGCCUCUCCUUGAGUGUUAUACAAAACUGCGAGAAAAUGGAGGUGUCAUCAACAUGAAGCUCUCUGAAACUUGGCUGAGGAACUAUCAGGUUUUGCCAGACAGAAGUCAUCCAAAACUUAUAAUGAGCGGAGGCGGUGGAUUUAUUCUCCACGGGAUUACCGUGUCCAGGGAUAGCAGUGCGUCAAAUAUCCGCAGUCGAGAAAAGAGUGAAGAACCGGCACCAAAAAAAAUAAAGGUGGAAGAGUCCGGAAGCUAACAUUUUAAAGCAACGCGUACAUUUUGGUCAUCUGGAACCUUUACUGUUGUGGACCUAGCAACGUAUUUUUUAUUUUAUUUUUUUUUUAUGUAUAUUUCAGGUGCCGCCAUUGUGUAUAGAAAUAUAUACAUCUUUUUGCCAGUUUAUUUUUAAGUCUAUAUCUUUUGAAAGAUAUGUUUCCAGAAGUUAUUUUGUGUGAAUAUAAAUAAACAUUAUCAUCACUGGCC